AUGGUGGAGAUGUCGCAGGGUGGAGGGGUUGACGUGAUGGUGGUGUUGGUAUUGGUGUUGUUGAUGUUGACAGUGCGAUUGUGCUGCAGGGAGGAGCGGGCGCGGUGGGUGGCGCCACCGUUGUUGCGUCGCUCGAGGUGCUGCUGGCGAUGAGCGACGCGGAGGUGAGCGACGCCAUGGCGGCCAUGGGAGCCGAGUAUGAAGGGUGCGCUCGCCUGAAUGCAGCCCUGGCCUCCUUACGUCUCGUGCAGAGCUACACAGAUGGCGAGGUACCGGCCGACGAGGUGGUGAUCCGGUGGCCGGACGAGGGGCACGCCGAGUCCCCCAUGGGCGUCACCGUGACCCCCCCGCCGCCAUCGCCGUCGCCCCCAUCACGCUCCCGCCACGCACACAGCAACGGCACCGUGCAGCUCUCUCCCGAGUCGUGCGACGCCGUGCGGAUGCUGGGCCUGGCCAAGGCUGCCGGCGACGCCGCAAAAGGCUCGCGCUCACUGCCCUCCUCCCCGGACCUGGGCCGGCGCGGCACCGGCAACGCAGGUGCCGCCGGAGCGGCCACCCGACGUGGCCCCCGCCCAUCCACCGGCAGCACGAGCGGCGGCAACGUCGGCGGCGUAAACUCUGGCACCAGCAGCACGAGCGUGGCCGGCAGCAUCAGCGGCAGCAGCAACCCCAAGGUCCAAUCGGCUGUCACGCCCCCGGCCUCCCGCAGGGCGGCGCUGCCCGCCGCCAUGUCAAAGCACCAGCGGAGGCUGGGCUCCGGCUCGGGCUCGGGGCUGGGCCUGGGCGCGCUGGCGCUUUUGCCCAGCCUGCCCACCAUCAGCCGCAGCAAGUCGCACGAGUCGCAGCUUCACAACCGCGUGGACGAGCCUCCUGUUACACCCAAGUCGCCCAAGAAGCGCCCUCCGUUACUGAACCUGCUGCUGGGCGGCGGUGCCGUGAGCUGCGAGAGCCUCCCCCAGCAGCAGCAGCAGCAGCAGCGGUCACCCCUCUCCGGGGGUCACCGGGCAUCCGACCCAGCCCUGGCCACAGCCUCACCACCCGGCGCUCACACCCACCCCUCCCCCUCCUCCGCGGACUCGCUGGGCGUGCCGCGCUGGUCCCCACAGAACCAUCGCCGUGACCUCGUCAACUCCAUCAAGCACAGGUUCACCACCAAGACGUGGUGGCGCUCGGAGGUUUGCAGCGUGUGCGAGCGUGGCAUCAUGUUCGGAGUUCGCUGCAAGAACUGUCAGCUGCAGUGUCACAACAAGUGCAUGAAAAAUGCUCCCUCGUGCCAGAUCCUCAUUUUCCCACCGAACACGCUGGCGUACGAACACAACUCGCUGCCGGCGCGGAUCAAGGCGUCCGGCAACGGCGUGGACCCCGGCGGCGGGGAGACCCCCCCACCGUCGGGGACCGGCCUCUCGGGCACGCGCACCAUCAACUUCCCCUCGCGAGUCAAGGAGCGGGCGCCCAUCCCCUACCAGCAGCCGGUGGCGGGCGGCAGCGCCGCGUCGUCAUGCGCCUCAUCACCCCCGUCGUCCGCCGGCUCCUGUACCCCCAGCUCCACGCCAUGCAACUCCCCGCGCACGGGUCCCGCCAGUGGCUCCUUCAGCUUCCCCGACAUCCCCUCGGGAGCGGACAACACGACAUCCUCGGAUUUCUCCGUGGCUCUCUUCCCCAACCCGCGGACCGGCGAUGGCAGCGGCGGUAGCGGUGGUGACGGUGUCUCUCCACGCACGCCAACCGCUGAUGAAGGCAACUCAUCAGAGAAACCGCACGGUGGGCUGUCAGCGAGCGAGGGCGUGGAGGAGAAGCAGCCGGUGGUGGAGGUGGCGACGUCGCCAAAGCCAGGGGACAUACCGGACUCCGCCGAGAGCUCCGAGACGGUGGGGGAGCUGAACUACGCGGCGCGAGGGGGACGCACGCAAACCAGCAUCCUGCUCAAGGAGUGGAACAUCCCGUUCGAACGUGUGGAGCUGGGGGAGCUCAUUGGGCGCGGGCGGUUUGGGGCGGUCCACCGCGGCCGCUGGUACGGGGAGGUGGCGGUGCGCCUGGUCACGGUGGAGGGCCAUGAGCAGCAGCGGCUGCGCCUCUUCAAGCAGGAGGUGCUCACCUACCGGCAGACGCGGCACGAGAACGUCGUGCUGUUCAUGGGCGCCUGCAUGAACCCGCCGCACCUGGCCAUCGUGACCAGCUUCUGCAAAGGCCGGACGUUGUACGCGGUCGUGCGGGAUCCAAAAGUUCCGCUCGACAUCAACAAGACGAACCAGAUCGCUCGCGAGAUCCUCAAGGGUAUGGGCUACCUCCACCACAAGGGCAUCGUGCACAAGGAUCUCAAGUCCAAGAACGUCUUCUAUGACAAUGGCAAGGUCAUCAUCACUGACUUUGGACUCUUCAGCAUUUCUGGCGUCGUUCAAGAUGGCAGGAGCCAUCAGGAGCUGAAGCUGCCCCGGGGGUGGCUGUGUUACCUGGCGCCCGAGAUCAUUCGCCAGCUGGCGCCGGGCACCGACCAGGACCUCCUGCCGUUCUCCAACAACACCGACGUGUUUGCCUUCGGGACCAUAUGGUAUGAGCUGCACUGCCGUGAAUGGCCGUACAAGCAGCAGCCGGCAGAGUCCAUUAUCUGGCAGGGGGGCCGUGGGUUGAAGCCGCACCUUGACAGCACUGGCAUGGGGAGGGAGGCCCUGGAAAUCCUGACAAGCUGCUGGGCGUUUGAGACCAUCGCUCGGCCCACGUUCCCGCAGCUCAUGGGCCAAAUCGAGAAGCUGCCAAAGCUGAACCGGCGCCACUCGCAGCCUGGGGGAAACUUCUGGCGUGCGGGAGAGUAAGGCUUGGUUUGACGCUGGAGCUGCCUCGUCGCCUCCUCCUCCUUCUCGCCAGGACCGAGCCGAUCCUCGCCCCCAAGCGACCCAGACUCGGACUCCAAUCUGGAACCAAAUGCUCGUCUUCUGCCUCCAGUGCCACCAAGCCAAUCCAUUAACCACACCUAUCCACCGCUCAUCUUGUUCUACACACGGCCUCAUCGUCGUUAUCAUCAUCAUCGUCGUCAGCCACGAUCUACUGCUGGAUGCAGACCUCACCCAAGCCGUCACCAUCCCUAAAGCUCACGAUGCCGCAAUUGCUCCGCGCUCCUGCGCAGCAGCUGAACUCGUGACUCUAUCUCCACGGCGGCCAUCCUCUCGGCCUGCUUUGUUUUGGCCGCGCUGGCUCCCCGACGCGUCGCCAAGCGAACUGCCGCCGCCGGUCCGCGCCGCAGCUGCGUAGGAGCCGCGGUGCCACGUGCGGUGUUUGUGUGCGUGUCGGGCGGACACAUGGCCUGUGCUGCGUGUUUCACUGUUGCCGCUGCCACUGUCGGCACUAAAGCGCCGCAGCCGGUACGUUCGGUUGUCGAAAUUUACGUCACUCUUAUUUUUAUGUUGUUCCCUUUUUUUAUUUACGUGAAGGUUUCAUUUCGCUUGUUGGUGUGGAAAUCAGAUCCCAGUCUAUAUCCCUGCUGACCCUGCACAAUAAUCCCUGAGCCAGAUGCUCCACCGGUAUCUGACUCCACGUUCUCUCUCGUCGCCGAGCCUCGAACACCCACGCGCUGCGAUCCCCGACGCCAACGCCAAACCCCGCACGCCUCCUCACCCCUUCGCCACCACGAACCAUUGCGGAACCUCUUCCUCGUUUCAUCCAGUUGAGGCAGGUGGCUUAGCAGCAGAGCAGGUGGCUCGCAAUUGGAACGUCGCAAAUUCAAAUCCUGGUUGGUGGCCGCCUCGGCCCAUCGUUUAUUUAUAGGGCAAGCAACUGUGGUCGUCCUAUGGAUAGACUCGCCCCCACCAUUGGACUAUGGAGUUGUGACGAUAGGGCUGUAAUUUGUAAUUAGGGCCGAACACCACCUCAGUGCUCAUUUGAGCAGGAAGUCAUUUUUGACUUUAUUUUGAGUUUAUUUAUUUAACCUGCAGGUGAGACAUUGAAGAGACUAGAAUUUGCAAGAGUAACCUGGGUCACCAUCAUGACAAAAGCAACCACGUGCAUUCAAGUACAGCAAUGAAGCAAAUAGACGGGAAUGCAAAAUAAACCACAUGACAGAAGAAACAAAAUAUUGCAGACAAAGUAAUUGUAAUUCAUUCACAGUGCAACUAAGUUACAGAAACAUUCAACAGUUGUAUGCAUGCAAAACAAAGAUUGAGCUAUGCACUUUUAAAUGAUCUAGAUUGAAAACGAAUUUAUUUAAAACUGUUUUUUGUGUUUAGUUUGUUGUCUUUCCCCCGCACCUUUGAUUAGCACGGUUGGCUACGUACGGUGCGAAAGAAGUUCGACAUACAUACAUAGUCAUACAGACUGUAGGGGAAAAUGCAGUUGGUGAGCACCUAAUAAGGCUGAUACGGUGUGAUGAGGUGGCGGUGUGGCCAACACCGCGAAUGGUAGCUCCUAUAGGAGGCACGCACAAGCAGAGUGGCCCUUCUUAACACGCUGCUGGAUGAGGGGCCUCCCCACGCCGUUUGUGUCAUGGGGAUUAGUUGAACACUGGUCAGCGCUUGCCCAUAUGCCGCAGCAGGUACUUAUUUAUAGCCACCUGCCUCGGGCGGCGCGGUUGGUAACGCCGGUGCCUCGUCGUAAUUUCUCGCUCGGAUUUGAGUGUGGUAAAUGGAUCCCCCCCCUCCCCGCCAACUAUUAUUUUUACGUAGGCGUGAGCGAAGGACUGCGGCGUGCACUCGAGUUACAUUGAUUUUGUGUUUUGAGCCGAGUCGUAACACCGUGUCGAUGCUCGCACCAACACUGACUUGCACUUCAAUUUCCUCGUGGCCCAGAGAUCAGGAAUGAACAUGCGUCAGGCACCAAGCGCGUCACCGUGUGGCGUGCGGCGCGCUUUCAAAUCAAUGGGUCCCGGAGCGCGCACACUUCUGUUGUAGUCGUUUAAGUUCAAGAGGUCAUCGUGACGAAUGUUUGUUGACGCCACCAGACGUCGCCGUCGCUGGCUCCGAGGUUGAGAGAAGCUCGGCGAGAGCGGCGAGUCUGUCCAGUCCACUGGAUCCCAGAGCUGAGCAGGGUAGCUGCAGCGAGAAGGCCCCUGCGUUCACUUACCGACUCGGGCAUCUUGCUGUUUAGAGUAUUUGGCCUGCUAUAAAUUUCCACGUGAUAAGCCACUUCGUCGAGUGAUCAUUUGUGGCCAGGUCGCUUCUGAAAAACAUAUAUAGCUCAAUGGGCCUGAGCUGGAAAAAUUAAAAAUAUUUUUUAGUUGAAUGUAGAGUUUGUACGAUCUCCCCCUGUUCUGCAUGUGUCCCUCCAGAAUUCUCUGUUUCCUCCCAUAGCGAGAAAAAAACAUAAAAUGUAACUGGUAUUGGCCAAAACAUCCCAAUGUGGAAAACUUACCCGCAAAUUAAACAAUAUAUAUUAUACACAGCAGUACCACCCUUUACUACAAAAACCUGGCAGGACCCUCCUGAAAAGAGCCUUGAGACUCCGUGAGGCUUUCCUGGGAAAACGAGCGUGAUAAAAAAAAGAAACAAUAACCAGAAUGCGAGAUUGCGAGGUGAUAUCCGGCAGUGCUGCUGUUGCCACCACCACACUUUGCCAAUGCUUUUGCCAUAUCCCAUAGUUGUUGUAGCUGACCUCCAAAGACCGCUCUUACAGUCUCAUCAGUGUUUAGUUGUCCUACCUCGACUGUCGUUACAUACGAAGAUCUAAGUCUUCGUGGCCACAAUUAUGCCCUCCCUUCUCUAUGCUUGCAAAACGUGGACCCUUCUGAAGGAACAUCUGCACUGGUCUGGAUGUAUAUAUGUUGAGCUGCUUUCGCACCGUACGUAGUCGACCGUGUUCUUUGGUGGUGCGGGGGAAGGAAAACAAACUAAACACAAGCAGUUGCGUUUGUUGUCCUUCCCCCACACGUUUGGCUACGCACGGUGCAAAAGAAGUUCAACAUAUAUACAAAAAGACAAAGAUCCCCCGUAUAGCCUUAACAGACUGUUGGGGCAAGUGCUGUUAGCAAGCACCUAUGAAGGCCGUAACGGUACACGAGGGGGUACGUGGCCAGCACCACGCCCGGCCACCUUUGUCUCCCUAGAGUCGUCCUAGGGGAGGCCCAGGACUGGUUCAGAUCAUUGUCACUGGUGUUGGCCGUGAGCGGGAAUCAAACUCGUGCCACCGGGUUCGAAGCGCAGUGCACUAACCGCUACACUACCGCUCCCCACAACAUAUACACAUCACCAUCAACACCAUCAUGUGCUUGUGGGCCAUCCCCGAGGUCGCCGGCAUCUGAGUGCCACUCCAAUGCCCGUCUCGGUGACUGCUCCUCCACCCAGCACACGUGUCCCGCCCAUCAUUACCUCCUCUCGAUGGCACAUACAGCACUUGUGUACCACGUUAUAAACCGAACCUCCCAAGUAGGUUACCCUAUCAUGCAAUACAGGGUGUUUGAAAAAGAUGGACCCGAUUUGAAAUCGCUAUAUCUCUGCAACCACGAAACGCCCAUGAAUGAAACUCUUAUCACUUGAAAGGGUGGGACAUAGAGUUUCCAAUGAUUACCGCUAGAUGCCUCUCCCAGCGCACAAACAGCCCCUAGCCUCAGUCAUUCGCAAGAUGGUGACCCCACAACACAAGGGGCGUUUUGCGUUCUGCAGUUCAGCAAGACUGAAUCCGUAGUUGCGGUGCAGCGUGCGUUUCAACGGCGUUUUGGCAUUGAUCCGCCAAUGUCAAAGAGCAUUCGUCGUUGGUACCGACAAUUUGAGGAAACAGGCUGUUUAUGUAAGGGGAAGAGUACGGGGCGACCACGUACCUCAGGAAAACGUGAGAAAAGAGGCGUUUGGGACAAAUUCAACUAUCGUCUCGAUGUUGUCCGUACAGCAGGUGGAGGGCACAUAGAGCAUUAAUAUAAUGGUUAGUAAAACUUUAUAACUCAUUAAACCGUUUGUAAUUUUUUGUGUAAUUGUAACAUGUUGCCAUCCUGAAAGUUACUGCUUUGAAAUUGGGUCCAUCUAUUUUAAACACCCUGUAGAAUUCCGAGUGCAACUCUACUCAGGCGCUCAUUUCCUCAUGGCCUUAUUAAGAGUCCAGCUCUGUGACCCGUACACGAAAGUGCCCAUGCACUAACGCAGCGGCACGGCUAUAUAUAUAUAUAGAGGGAAGCGCGUGCGUUUGAAGCCGUUGCGGACCGCCGGUUAAUCAUCAAGGCCGUGCGUCGCCGUCUCCGGAUUAAAUGUGAGGCUGCGCUGUUGGCUACAGGACGCUUGAAGCGAGCGGGUCACUGGGAGCGGCCACGCGCCUCCCUGCGCUGGCGGAGGAGUCCCUGAAGACUUUGGUCCGGGCCAUCUGGUUGCUCAGUGGCAGAGUGGGUGGCUCACAAUCGGAAGAUUUUUUAGUUAAAAUCCCUGCUUGGGGGUUGACUCGGCCGAUUCGUCCCUCCCGUUAGGGUCAGUACAACGAGUUCCACUUUGUAGGGAAGUCAACAGUGAUUUCCAAUGGAUGUACUGGCCCCUGCCAUGGGAAGGUGGAAUUCAUGCCACUGACACAGUGCUGUGAACAGGACAUGAACACUGCCUCAAUGCUUAUUUGAGCAGGAAAUCACUUUGAUUUAACAAUGAAACACACUUACUCUCCAAAAUUGGAUAAGGGGAAGAAUGAAUUGCUGAGAUAGACAGCGGUUGUCGAUAGAUGUCCUGUCACUGCAGUUCUAUGUCACUAAAUCAAGAAGUCCGGCUGGCAUAAACAAAAUUUGGCAGUUCAUUUCCCAGCUGAGGCUCGACCCAGUCUAUCCAAGAAAAAUUGUACAAAUUGCUGGUCAGUCAACUGUGGCUCUCCUCUGGAUACAAUUGGUCCCUGUCAAAGGAAUGUGAAAGUCAACAAUGCUGCUGUCCCACAAUUCUUCAGUGUGACAUGACGGCGCGUCGUGUGCCAUGACGGGGAGUCACCUGCCGGUGACGGUGCAUCAUAUACCGUGAUGGCCACCUCACUGUACAACUUAAACAAUCUAAUGGGGUCAAUUGACUGAUACUGCCCUUUGUCAAUCCACUGCUUGAUGAAGGUGUCCACACAUCGUGUUGGUCACAGGAGCGGCUUGACCAUACUUCACCAUGCUGGACAAUGCGGACUGGUGAAGUGGGGAGCCCAGGACCAGUUCAGAUAUCGCUCGCUUUUCUGUGACAGAAUUCAACUCGGGUCCCCGGGUUCACAGCACAGCGUGCUCAAGUUAUGAGACCGCUAACCCAUUGCUCGUGUUAGAAGAAAUACACUUCCACUCGUUGAUCUUUGAGUGGAAUCACUCCCGUGUUGUGUGUGAAUGGGUAACACUGUAAGAGUGAUGUGGUCAGCCUCGGUCUCCGUGCGGAGUUACACUCGGCGACCCUUCACCGACGUGCCACUGAUCAUUACCACUGGGAUCGUGUUCCCUGCGCUCGCUACUGCUGAGUGUUUGUGCUGCAUCGGUGUCGCUAUUGGGAUGUAUGUUUCGAUGUUUCAUGAAAUGUUAGGCCUUUGCGUUUUGCCACUGUUAUCCUGAAUAGUGACACAGUGGGUAAUUGUAAUUUUAAUAGACUUUAAUAUUUAAACUACAUGAAUUCAAUGAAUAUUUAAUUCGUCCGGAACUCAUCGAGACUCUUUGCACCUGAGUAAGGCUCGUCGGCUGAAACGACCGAUUUUUUUUUCUUCCUCCGUAUUUUAACCGAUUAAAUAUUCAGGAUAACAAUAACAAGUAUAUUAAAAGCAGAAACGCGCGCCGUUUGAAAUCGUGGUGUUUUACCAUUGUACACAAUCAUCGGAUUGUGUUCACUGCACGCGUGUGCGUACGUACGCCUGUGUGUAGUCUGUGUGUGCAUGUAAGGAUAAGUGGUGCAGUGGUUAGCACAGUGGUGUGCAUCAUCAGUGGCUGGUGCUUUCUAAACUUGUCCUGAGCCUCUCCUAGAAUGACUGAGCCUAAAUGAGUACCGACCAGAGCUCCCCCGAGUGAAGGCCCUUCUGCCAGCAGUGGCGUGAGUAAGCACUUGUAGGGCUGCACCUCUAUCUUCCUGCAAAUUAGUCUUUAGACUGGGCGAGGCUUCCUGGACACGUGGAGUAAUUCUUAUUUUAUUUUAUUUUUUAUUAUUGUGCUGAUAUGGAAAAAAUUGCAAUGCAAUGAUUUGCACGGAUUCGCUCCUCCCUUUAAUGUUCUGAUUGUGCUUGAAUUGAGCCUGCGUUCAGGGUUAGAGGUGAAAUGUGUUCAUGUGCGUGUACAUAUAAAUACUGUGGUGCCGCU